AUGGGCCUGGCAUCUUUACCGUCAGAAUUGAUUCUGUACCUUAGCAACUACCUCUCCGACGACAGUCUCAAUGGACUAAUACGCACCCGAAAAUCAUUUGCUCACCUUCUGACUCCGAUACUGUACGAACAAAUCUUCGCCUCUGGAAAGAAGCAUCUGCGACCACAAGUUGAUCUUCCCGACUUGGAUCCAUACAAUUUACCAUUAUCAUGGCAUCACUGCGUCAGCCGUUGGGAAUCCGAUUUGCUUUUGGGGUACAUUCGCUCAAAACCGGCGGAAUUUUUAAUGAGCAUUGACGGUACAAGUCAAACAUUGCUUCAUGUAGUAGCUCGCUCAGAGAAUAUAUUAAUUGCAAACAUACUCGUUCAUGAGAAGUGUUUGAAAAUAAAUAGCGAGGCGCCACAUGUCGGGGUACCGUUAUUCCAAGCGAUCCGAAACGAGAAGGUAGCCAUGUUUAAAUGGCUGAUCUGUAACGGAGCAGAUAUUACGAGACUAGAUCCUCGCGGUCGAACUGUGUUAGAAGAAACGGCUUUGUUUAGUUCAGGCGUUAUGGUCCGAUUUGUUCUGGAUACGCUGAAGGAGCAGGGACAUGAAGUGACGUCGAACACUCUGGAUAAAGCUCUACAUUGUUCACUCUACUCUGGCCGGGAGCUUGCAGUGCGUACACUUCUCGAUCAUGGUGCUGAUCCCUCAUCAGUGGAUGGCUACGGCACCACCGCCCUAGAAGCUGCGGCAGUACACGGCCAUGAGAACAUUGUCCACAUUCUACUUGACUCUGGCGCGAAUCCAUUACCUUUAGAUACCUUUGGCCGAUCUGCACUUACCUGCGCCGCAGAUGGGAAGUGCAGUUGGGAAACCACGCGAAGGAUUCUCGAUGCUGUUCUCAAGGCCGGAGGUGAUAUAAAACAAGUGCAUAUACUGUCAAGUUUUGCGUCUCAGGUCUGUGUACCAGCAGUAAAAGAGCUACUUAGCUAUGGUGUCGACGUACUAUCUCCCAAUGAAUCUGGGGUAACGGCGUUACAUAUGGCCUUGUACCGCUAUUCUGAAAAUCUUACGUCAAAAGAUCGAGAACACUACGAGCAAGUAUGUAAAAUACUUAUUAAAGCUACCAACAGUGCCGUUCAGGACGGAGGAGAGUUUGAUCAUAAUCUGCCGCGCAUAGAGCCUUUGAGAGGUGGAACAUCUUUACACCUUGCUGCAAAGUGCGAUUCAGAGACUGUGAUGCGCAUGCUUAUUGAAAGUGGCGUUGAUACAAAUAUCCUUGAUCUUGAUGGGAAGUCUGCAUUGGACAUUGCUAUUCUUGCUGGCCAUAAGAGUAUUGCUCGUCUGCUUGAGUCUCGACCAGUGGGCUGA